UGUUCUGUGCAGAGUAUUUUUAUUGACAUUACAAGAAAUCGGCUGUUUACAGCAGUGUUAUGUAUGUGUGUUCAGAGGUUGACAGCUGUCUGCUGGAAGUGUAUUUUUGAAUUUUACGCAAACUUCAGUGCUUUUGCUAUCAAAUUUUGUGGUUUCCUCUUCCAGUUUAUCGAAAUAUUGUCGAUUAUUACGAAACAUCGAAUGUCAUCUACGGAUUGGGGUUCAGUGAUAAAAAUUUUGGAGGGGUCUACUUCUGCCAAAUGGGAGUGAGUGUGUAGGAAUAUUCAAUGACUUGAACCUAGCGUAUAGAAAUAUAAAGCAGCUGCUAGCUGGACAACAGUAGCAGCACAGAAUACAGACUCCCAAGGACUCCAGACCUGAUGCUGUAGUGGGACAUUGGACAUCAGACAAAUGGGUGAAGUACAAGAUCCUGAACAGCAGUAUAGUCUGCGUUGGAAUGACUUUCAUGCCAGCAUUAUUUCAUCGUUCAGACAUCUUAGAGAUGAAGAGGAUUUUGUGGAUGUUACUCUGGCAUGUGAUGGAUGUUCCUUCACAGCACACAAAGUGGUUCUAUCUGCUUGUAGUCCAUAUUUUAGAAGACUGUUAAAGGCUAACCCUUGUCAGCAUCCUAUUGUUAUAUUAAGAGAUGUAAAGGAGAAGGACAUGGAAUCGCUUUUGCGUUUUAUGUACAAUGGCGAAGUGCACAUAGGUCAGGAACAGUUAUCGGACUUUCUGAAGACGGCUCAGAUGCUGCAGGUCCGAGGACUUGCUGAUGUCCCCACAAAAGAAAACCAAAAACCACCUGUAUCAAAUUCACUUCCAUGGUCACAGUCUUCUGAAAUGAGAGAUAGUUUCAAUGACGACGAUGUUUCACCACCACCUAAAAGGAAUCGCUUCUCGCCAUCUCCUGCAUCUUCUGCGACACAUAACAAUGGGGGUGAACAGAUGAUGAGAGAAUCCCUCUUGGGCCAAGCAUUGGAAAGUGGAGCCCAGCUGCCUCCCUCGGCUGGCUCUUCUCAUCAGAACAAGGGUACAUCUGAAUCUUCUCUGCAAGCACAGUCGACUGGUGAGGAUAGUAAUUCAAGUGAUACCGCAAUGUCUGACAGAGGAGGACAUAUGACUGAUAUUGUUCCCAAGACUGAACCAAGUGAAUUUGGUUCAGCCGAUGAUAAUCAACAACUUCAUCAUCAUCAUGGCAAUGGCAAUGGGAUUGGUCUGGACACUCAGAGGACUCCCCCAUUUCCAGCUGCGCUUCUUGGUUUACAAGGCAUUCCUGGACUGCUUCCUGGACCUUCUGGUCUCCACAGUAAUAAUCAGGAUGGAAAUUUUGUAUCAAGACGAGGUUUGGAUAUGAUGCGGGUACGUGCAACAGACCCAAGGCCUUGUCCAAAAUGUGGGAAGAUUUAUCGUUCAGCACAUACAUUACGCACUCAUCUGGAGGACAAACACACUGUGUGCCCUGGAUAUCGCUGCGUGUUGUGUGGCACUGUGGCAAAAUCACGAAACUCUCUUCACUCCCACAUGAGCCGACAGCAUCGAGGCAUCAGCACGAAGGACCUUCCUGUAUUACCGAUGCCUUCCCCUUUUGAUCCAGAACUGGCAUCAAGAUUACUGGCGAAGGCAGGUGUCAAAGUGUCAGCAGCUGAACUACGUGCACGGGCUUCUCCGACAGGGCCACGUCGUCCUGAAAUGAGGCUCGAGGUAAAAACAAACCAUGUGGGGGACUCAAUAAGGUAUUCUAGUGCACCAUCAGAAGCAGGGAGCAGUAUUUAUGGUGGUGAUGACCCAGAAGACCUGACAGUUUCCAACUCUAGGUUUGGAAAUGUUGAACUUACCCCACUUUCACCAUCUGGGAAUUCUGCCCCUGUAAUUACAAAGGCUGGACCUCCUAAGCAUCAUCAGAAUCCUGCAAUAGCAGCAAAAUCUCUGGAGGCAUUGGGCAUGGGUGCACCUCCUGUCGGCAACAGACUUGUUGAAGGAAAUCGUGCACCUUUACCACCACCACCUCCACCAACACCGUCUGGAGCCUCUACUGGUAGUGCAAUAUUGGACACUUACCUACAAUUUAUAGCUGAAAACUCAAAUACUUUGGCACUGGGAUUGAGUCGUGAGCAAGCAGCUGCACAUGUAGCUGCUGCUGCCGCUGCUCAGCAUGCUGCUGAAGUUGCCUCAGUGGAGGGUAAGAUUGGUUUAGCUGAGCAGACACCUGAACGGGUUGUGGAUCGAGACAUUUUGGAAGAUAUGGAAUCAUCAGGAGCAGAUGAUGAUGAUUAUAGUGAGGAUGAACAAGAGGCUAUCAAAGCAGAAUAAAAAUUAGGCUUCAUUCACCCCUGGAUUUGUACUUCAUGCUCAGUUUCCCAUCUCCUGACACGGGUAAGAAGUAUAUCAUAAAAGAAGAGAAACUGUGUUGAAGUACAAGAAUUCCUUCCAUCUACCUCACUCUCAGGAUGUCACAAAUGUUUUAAUUCUUUCUGAAUUUUUGUGCAUAUAAAAUAAACAUUCAGGUCAAUGUAAAAGAGAAUGUGUUAUGUUGAGAGACUGGUUUAGAGUGGCAUGUCUAUUUCUGAUAUGCAUAAAUUCAUUAUCACUGGUUUACUAUUGUGUUUGACUAAUUUAUGUAUCUUAUAUUUUUAGGUGUUAAGACAUUUUAUAUUAUAUUUCACAUAAUUUAUUUUAUACUUUAUACAUUUAUUAUUUGAUGUGUUAACCGCUCUUUUUAGAAUUUUACAAUCAGACAUUUUGACUGAACAUAUUCCAUCCUUCUACCUCAAUUGCCAUUUUGUAAAAAGAAUCUACGGUCCAUCUAAAAUGACGGGAAAAAUUGUGGCAAAGAUUCUUACAGGCACUUAAGCACCUGAAAGUCACUAGCAUGAUUAUCUGUAUGUAUAAAAUUUAUUUUUACGUUAUAGAUUACACUGUUCCAAGAAUAACUCUUGGUUUAUAUAAACCAUAUACCACUAGAAAAAUUAACGAUUGCUAUACUGAAGCAAAUGUCAUAUUUACUGUAUUUAUAAAAGGGCAUUUCACUAUCUCUAUUUCAUAUUAUUUUCAAUGGUUUUAAUAUUAUUAAAUCUCCAGAUUCACAGGGAGAGGUAUUUUGUAUUGCUUAUUUUGUAAAUAUCGCACAUGACAAUUACAGGAGUCUAGUUAGUGCUGCAAUACUCACAUUAUUUUGUUAAGAUUUUUUAUGGAAUUUUAUUUUUCGUGUCCUAUCAAUAAAGUUCUCAGGUUAUCUUCUGCCCUGCAGUAGAAAAAUUUUAUAAGUGAUAAUAUUUAAUCAUUUACCGCUAUAACUGUCAUAAUUUUUGCCACGGGUUUGUGAUACUCACUUAAAAUAAAAUUUCAGUUGUUAUGCGUCCAGUAAUGAAUGUGGUAUUGCAGUUCAAUUAAAUUGCAGUGGUACUACAUAAAUUAUUUAUACUCAUUUUCUUUCUUCUGUUUUGAACUGUUGUUAUAAAGAGAGAGACAUGGAAAACUUAUGUGAAUGUAUGUUAAAAGAUGAAAAUUACAAACAUCAUAGGAACAAAGGAUGGAAUGCCUUCUGCUACUGAUAUUCAUACAAGAUUUUAGAUGUUGUUACUAUUAUUGUAUACAUUAACCAGAAUUGUGGCUUCCAGGGUGGAGUUGCUCCUGACGUUGUUUCACCUCAGUUGCUAGUUUUCACACGUGGUACAUAAGCAUCUCGGGCUUUAUUUUCUAAUUACUUCCACAAAGUACAAAGUUUGUAGCAAAGUCUGUGGUGCUAAAUUCAAUAUUUAUUCCAUCAAAGAAAAGAAUGGGCAGGGAAAAAAAUAACUUUUAUUGUCACAGAAUAGCAUCAUGAUCCUGAAACUCGCUAUUAGUACCUCACUCUCCUGACUAGAAUUAAGCGGGUCCCCCGAGCUAUAUGGGGCAAUUGCUCCUAGGUCCUCAGGAAUGUAAAAUGCAUGUGUUAAUUAGUACAUACUGUUACAAAUUCAGAUACCUCAUUUUUAUUGUUACGACAUCUCUCUACAGGUUAGUAAUAAAUUUUCUAUCAUGUAUCAUAAGUACUCUUCUUUUAAAUUUUUUAAUACAAGGGAUGAGAUGACAGUUAUCAACAUAUCGCAACUACUGUGUGCCUGCAUUUCAUAUACUGAAGAAUAAAAAUUGGUUUUUCAAAUUUCACAAUGUGUGUUCGAAAACUUUUCAUAUAAUUUAGAUUAACUAACCUACUUUUGACCAUCAUUACAUUCAGUCAUCUCGUUCCUUCCAGUACAAUCACAAGGAUGAAUUAUUUAUUUACGAACUUGUAAAGAACAAAUUUUUAUACUGAAUAGCUGUGUGUGUGUGUGUGUGUGUGUGUGUGUGUGUGUGUGUGUGUGUGUUCCAUGUGGCAGUUCCUGUAAGAAUGCAUACAUCAUAAUGAUCAGAAGUUUCAUUCAAGUUUCCUCUUUUUUAUUUAAUAUAUUUGUCUCAGGUGUUUUCUGUAAUUUAUAUUUUUCUUGCAUGUGUUCUGACAUAUUCACAUGCACAUAUGUUAUAACCUGUAUUGUACCUGUCC